UGUAGGCCUAGCUCCACUUUAGAAAUUGAUUCUCCGCAGAACAACGUUAGAAAUGUCGUCCAGCAGAACAUCGAGACGAAAGUCUGACAGAAAAAGCAAAUCUAGGUCUGCGAAAGCGAAGAAAAAUGUCGAAGUUGUUGGUAACGAGUUAGAAACAUUUGAGGACGGCCGCGAUGUUUUCUCAUCCAUUCUUGAAGAAACUCACAAAUCUGACGAGAAAAUUGACGAUGAAAUUAUAAGCAUUGCCAGUGAUACAUUGCUUUGUUUAGAAGAAGUGUAUUGCGAUUCUAAUUCGACACAAGACAUGAGUCCAAUUGGAGACUGGGGAUCUGAAAUGAAUACUAUCUCACUUGUAAUCGGUGAAGGAGAUGGAGCUGUUCUGUUGAAGAGUAAGAUUCAGCAGCUGACCAACUGUCAUGAAAUUCAAAUAUGUAAACAAGAGGAAUCAUUCGAGUUGUGUAAUAACAAAGGAUUUGUUCUAAUCUGGUUGCUGAUGGACAUGCCUGUAGGACCAGAUAUACUUAGUUUGACUACAUCUAUUAGAUAUGCCAGUAAAUGUAACAGAGGAACAGUUAUAAUAGGUGUAGCCAAUGAUAUUUCUUCAGUAGAUUUGCGGCGUCAUGGUAUAGAUGAAAUUGUUCUUGAACCUGUUGAAGAAGACCUCAUCCGACAGAAAUACUCCAAAUGGACGUCAAUCACCAUUGUUCCUGUAGAUUUGGACGGUUCUGAGACGCACAUUAAAGAACUUCCUUCAUUCUCUGAAAACCCUGGUACUCCAAUGUCACCAUCUUCAACUAUAUGUGCAGAACAACCCACAAGAGGUGGAUUUAGCAUAUCUGUAGACAAUAAAUCUGGUCAACUUAGUCUUGCUCAGCUGGGUGGAUUGAAUAUUAUGAAAUGUAUGACUGCACAGAUCAAUGGACAACAGACAGAAAAACUGAAACAACAAUCUGCUAAUGAUCAUACAACUAAAGAAAAAGUUAGAAGAGAGCGAAUCAAGGACAGUUGUGAUCAGUUAAGAGUUCUGCUGCCAUACAUUAGGGGUCGUAAGACUGAUAUGGCAUCCAUUUUAGAAAUGUGUGUAGACUUCAUUAAACUGGUCAAUGCAGCUCUGCCUCAAGACUUUCAAAAUCAAAUUACUGAUAUACUGGCCAGGGAUUCUACUACACCAGAAUCUCCUACACCAAGCAAAAAGAAGAAAUCUAAGAAAGAAGAGGCUGACUCAAAUACAGUUUCAUCAACUGUUGAUACAGAUAUAAAUAAUAAUGAAAUGAAGGUAGAACCUGGCUAUGUACAGCAGUAUCCCACUGUAGGAAUAAAAGAUAAUGAUCCCUUUAUGAGUUCAAAAUCAACCAAACGUUUCCUUGUUCAGGCUGACAAGUUUUUGUCAUCACCUCCACCCACAAGCUGUAUAUCUAAUGCUUUGACACUCAAUCAAUAUGAACCACCUAUGUCUAGGCCUGGAUCAGCUGUCAUGGAUCAGCAGCAGUCGUCUUACUCUUAUAACACAGGACCUCAUGCAUUUUAUAAUGAAUAUGACAUACAGAAUUUUCAUAGGACAUACAACUCACAUGAAGCAUAUCCAAAUGCUUUCUUCGGCUCACCAUUGGCAUCAAAACAAACUGGAAUUGACCGUGAUGCCUUUGGUAUGUGCAUGGAACCUCAACCCUAUUACCAGUUUUAUGGAUCCAAUACCAUUUGUCCAUAUAACAUGCCACAGAUGCCAGAUUACGUCAAUCCAAAUGCUGUAUUACCAAUUAACCAUAACAAAUCUACCCAUAGCACUACUUAUGAAGAAUCUAAUUUGAUGUCCCAGCAUAAUCCUUUGUCUUCAGAGGACAUCAAACCUCUAGAAAAACUAUAAUUUUAUACAAGGAUUGUAUACUAUAGGGAAAAAGAAAAGAUUUUAGAAAAGUCAUUUAAGAAUAUGGAAAAAGAUAUGGAGAUAAUCAUUUUACUUGUUUUAUGAAAGCAAUAUAAGUUUUGAAUAUGAGUAGCGUUUAGUUUUAAUAGUGGCUUGGUUAUGGUAGUAUUAUUUAAUGGUUUUUCAUUGUCAAUUCACUGUUGUGUAUUAUAUUAAUUCAUGAUUGGGAUUUCAGUGACUGUCCAUGUUUAUUUUUUAUUAUAAAAUUUAGUGUUCAUUAAGUUGUGCAAAUAUACUUCCUAUUUUUGUUGUAAUUUCUAUUAAUAGUAUACAUUUAUAAAUUGUUAUGUUAAAAAGGAUUGUUAUAAAUUUUACUUUUUUUUAAAGGUUUAAGUUUUUGUUCCCUGGUUAUCUUUACAAAAGAAUGGAAUUGAAUUAAAACUUGUAAAGAUUUGUGUUAGAGGAUGAAAUUAUUGUUUAGAGAAUGCUACAUAUUAUGUUUAGAAUUUGUUUUAGAAUGUAAUUGUUUGUAAGAAAUGUAAUUCUUUGAUCACAAAUGUAAUUGUUUGUCACAAAUGUAAUUGUUUGUUACAAAUGUAAUUGUUUGUUACAAAUGUAAUUGUUUGAUCACAAAUGUAAUUAUUUGUUACAAAUGUAAUUGUU